UUAAAAAGAAUUUACAACUCGUUGACAUUAAUAAUGUUACAAAGUGUAUCCAAAAGCUUUGCGUGUUUCUUCGAAUUGAGCAGUGUCAAUAUACAAGCAACAACGUCUACUGUGAAAGAUAGAGGAUCCGUUUGUUUGUGUCUUUUGCUAAUUUUCCAGCUGAACGUCUGCAUGGGAAUUCCUGGCUUGUCAAAUGUUUCCACCAUCGAAGCAACAGGACCAUGGUCUGAAAUAUUGGAAAAUUGGGUCGUUUCUGACUCGAGGUCUUCCCGGGCUUCAAAGGUGAUGAAACUGGGCGAUAAAGCCUUGACAGUUUCGAGUAAAAUAUCGUCGCCAAACAAGAGAGAGGUGACGGAAACUGAUCUCUAUCUACUUGGUGCCAUAGAGAAGCUCGUCUACAGAGUAGAUUUUCUGGAAAAUCGCUUGAGGAGAGCAGAAGAGCUGCUUUAUUACGUGAUUUCGGGAAAUAUGAAUCAAAAGAAAGAGCCUUGCCCAUCGAAUUACACGAAGAUUGGCGAAAGUUGCUAUCACUUUAGCGAUCGUGACUUCGACUGGAAGUCAUCCGCCAGCCUCUGUCGCGGAUUGGGCGGCCAUUUGCUCGAAUUCGAGACGAACGACGAAAAACGAGAUGUGCUGGCUAGUUUGCAAACGAAUUCGAAGUUGAAGGGGAAACACUUCUGGACGGGAGGAUUGAAUCCAGGGCUGUUAUGGAUUUGGGCGAGCAGCGCGAAGCCAGUUUAUCAAAACACGAAGCAAACUGUUCCAGGCGAUGGCAGGUGUCUAAAACUGGCAUACAAUUCAACAUCUAAGAUAUACGCGUACCGAAGCGAUGAUUGCGGAGCAAGACAUAGGUACGCCUGCAAAUUAACGGUAGACGACGAGUCUGCGAAUAAAAUUGAGAAAACUGCUCGUAUGCUGAUAAACAGGCAACGCUAAACAACGACU